UCACUAUAUAAUGCAUGAAUAUGUUCUGCAAUAAGAAAACAAGCACAGAAAAGCAGCUCAGCUUUCUAAUGGGAAUGUAUUCUGUCAUUUGCUUUCUCUUCGUCACACUACCAAUAAUCCAAUCCCAAGCACUGGUCCCAGACCAGACAGCAGUUCGAGUGCCGGCAGUCUUUGCAUUUGGAGACUCCAUUGACGACCCAGGCAACAACAACAUGCUCCUGACAAUUGCCAAGAGCAACUUCCCUCCAUAUGGAAGGGACUUCAUAGGACACAGAGCAACAGGAAGGUUCAGCAAUGGAAAGAUCCCCACGGACUUCAUUGCAUCUCUGCUGGGAGUAAAGGAGCUUUUGCCGGCGUAUCUUGACCCAGACGUAAAGGAACAAGACCUGCUCACUGGUGUAAGCUUUGCUUCUGGUGGUGCAGGAUAUGAUAACCUUACCGCUGAAUUACUGUCAGUUUUCUCAUUGUGGGAUCAGCUAGAGAUGUUCGAAGAAUACAAGAGAGAGUUACAAGCCAUUGUCGGUGAAGAUAGAGCAGUUGAUAUAGUCGCAGAAGGUGUAUGCAUUAUAUUUGCUGGGACCGAUGAUUUAAUGAACACAUAUUUCACUAGCUCUAUCAGAGCUCUGAGCUAUGAUCUCCCUUCAUACAUCAAUUUCGUGCUUCAAGCAGCAUCAAGCUUUCUAAAGGAACUGUACAAUUUGGGACCUCGUAAGAUUGGUGUGGUGGGUGUUCCUCCUAUAGGUUGUCUGCCUGCACAAAGAACUCUAAGAGGAGGAAUUGCCAGGGAUUGUGUGGAUGCCUAUAACCAAGCUUCCAUCAAGUUCAAUAGUGAGCUAUCCAUGGAAGUGGAAAGGCUAGCCACCUACCAUCCAGGGGCCAAGAUUGUCUACAUUGAUGUCUAUAAUCCAUUGCUUGAACUUAUUAUGCAUCCUUAUGACUACGGAUUUGAGGAAGUAACAAAGGGGUGCUUUGAUCCAGGGAAAAUUGUAGGCACCAUUCUGCCCAACAAUUUGAGUCAAUUAACAUGCCCAGAUGCCACUAAGUAUUUGUUUUGGGAUCCCGAUCAUCCUACAGAGAAAGGAUACCAGAUUCUUGUAAAUAAAAUUCUUCCAAAGCUUCUCUAUCUACUCAAAUAGGAAAUAAAGCAUCGACCAGAACCUGCAACUCUUUCAUAUUAACACUUGGUGAAAUACUAUGCUUCCAAGAAGCAACUGAGCUUGAGUUCAAGAAUAGGUACAACCUAAACGUUAUGUUACUCCCUCGUCUCUAGUAUGGCAAGCUUGUCAAUGGGUGAUGAGCAAAUGCAUCGAGAACCAACUGAAAACUGAAGCAUCAACAGCUUUAGUAUUGCAGUGGCUUUCAGAAAAUAAAAUGUUCCAAUAAAGUUUCUACUCUUAAGUAUGAAUCACUUCCUUCUAAGAACAGAUCUUGACAUGUAAACUAUGAAUUCUCUCAAAAUACAUGUGACAUGUGUCAGUGGAUGUGCUCUGUAUUGUAUUGGAAAAAUUUAGGGUUAGUCCUAUUCUCCUUAGAUUCUAUUACUAAAACCAUACUGUCUGGAUAUCAGUGAGGGUAUUGGUGAUGGAUACUUAUAGACUGUUGAA